AUGCCGUGGAGGCACUCCCUUCCGUUCCUUCUGCUAUUGUUAGCUGGAUCUGCUUUAGCCCAUGUUCGAUUAACAUACCCAUUAGCAAGAUCACCUUCACUAGACUUUUUUUCAAGCCGUAACUCACAAGGAGCCUGUGGUACUCUCAAGCCAGAAGGAAAUGACGGUGUACGAACUUAUUUGGAAGCUGGUUCAAUUAUCGACAUUGAAUGGUUCACGGCUAUUCCACAUAUGGGAGGAAUUCGAUUGGAAGUUUUAAACGCCCUCGAUGAGCCAAUUGCUAUUUUCACUAAUUUCCGUGAUGAAUACAAUGUGACUCAAACAUCCAAGAGUGUUGAAUUACCUCCUCACUUCGAAUGUAUGAACUGCGCGAUCAGAUUAACUCAUCAAGCUACAGAGUAUGGAGACGACUACUUCUUCUACAGUUGCGCUGAUGUGAACAUCGUAAAAGCAAUCCCCGACGGUGACUCAUGCCUUGGAAGAGGUAAACGUGUCGGAGGAAAAUGUGAAUGUACACAGGGUUACACUGGAAGCCAAUGCCAACACGCCGAAGAAUGCACUUCAAAUGAUGAUUGCGGUGUUCAAGGAGUUUGCAAGAAAAACGCUGAUGAUCCAAAAUCACAAUGUUUCUGCCCUAUUGGACGACAUGGCGAACGCUGCGAAAAAGAAUCGAACGUGUUCCGUUCUCUUUCUGACUUCGAUGAGUCCUUGUACAACAUGAGGGAGGCUAAAGACAAUAAAAUCUAUUGGAGAAUUCUCAGGGAUGAAAUCGAGAUGGUUCUUCGUUAUCCGGGACAAUCUUGGGCCGCUAUCGGAGUGAAACCAACAGAUUUCGUUUGUGAAUCUAUCAUUCCUCUUGCCGAUUCCAAAUCUCAUUUGAGAAAGAUCGAAAUCAAGGUUCCUGAACAUACUGCUGUUUCAAACAACAGUGUCAUUCAAAAUGCUGUGGAUAGAGAGUCGACUGACAGUGGUGAACAGUGCUCUCCAAAUGAAGUUUGGACUGAAUGCGCUGAAACUUCUCGUGAUUGUGAAGCUUCUUGCGAUUGGACUCGCUUCCCAGAAACUAUUCCAAACUGUCCAAGACAGUGCGGAACUCCAAGAUGUGUUUGUAAAGAGGGCUACGUCCGCAUGACAAAUGAGGAAGAUGCUUGUGUUCCUUUCGAAUUCUGUGACAAGGAGCAAGAACCAUCUUGCCCUUCGAACUCUACUUUCGCUAAAUGUGGAACAGCUUGUGAGCCAAGUUGUGCCAACAUGUACGACACUGCUCCUUGCCCAGCUUCUUGCGAAAAACCAGAUUGUACCUGCGCAGAUAACUAUGUUCGUCACAAUGGUCAAUGCAUUUAUUGGGGAGAUUGUCCAGACCUGGAUAGUCAUUUCCACACAGAUGAAUCCGAGUCUUCGACUGAAGUCGUCAAGAGCUCUCAACCUGUAACAGUUGAAGUUAGAGCGGAAUCAAGCACCAACGCCCCUGUCACCAUGACAACUUCACGUUUCAAAUCUGUACCUAUCGUUCCUCUUACCUGUGGAGUUAACGAGACAAUCAACGAAUGCGGAAACGUUUGUGAAGCUGACUGUCAGACUAUUUUCACUAGAGAUGAAUGUAAUGAAUGUGGAGAUCCUGGGUGUGCUUGCUUACAAGGUCAUGCUCGUAAUGCUGAAGGAUUAUGCGUGUACUGGGGAGAAUGCCCUAUGGAAACCACAACUUCUUCAACUAUACCACCAAGCUCUACAACUUCUGCUCCUCGCACAACUCAAAGAAAAGACAUGAAGCCUAAAGUAGAUGGUGACGUCUGCUAUGGCGAGUUCCGUUUCCCACCAGGAUGCCAACUUGAAUGCCAAUACAAACUCAACUGGAACUAUGUUGAAGAUUCUGACGAUAUUGAGUUUUCUUUGGAAACUAAAAUGGCUAUCAAUUCAUGGACUGGAGUUGGAUUCAGCGCUGAUGGAACAAUGGUUGGAGCUGAUAUGAUUAUUGUCAAAUCUUUCAAUGGUGAACUGUCUGUUCAUGACAUGACCAGUGAUGGAUAUGGAGCUCCAAAGCUUGAUGAACAGAAUGAUGUUACUUCGGUAGUUGGAACACAUGAAAACGGAAUGCUUCGUGCCCAAUUCAUUCGUAAGAGAAAUACCGGAGACAGUGCUGACAAACAGUUCACUUCUGAGUGCUGGAAACUAAUGUUCCCAGUUACCGGGGGAAAGUUGGAUGAGAGCGGAAACGUAACAAUUCAUGUGGACACACCAGUUGUCUCAGAUAGACAGGUCUGCAUCCGCAACUGCAAUGAAGACAAAAAACCAAACUCUGUUGUUAACCAAGCUAAAUGCGACACUGAGUACAGAUAUCCAAUCGAUUGCAAAGAUUCUGAUUGUGAAUACAUUGCUAGAUGGAAUUAUAUUUCUGUCAAUAAGGAGGUACAGUUCAACAUUUCAAGUAGAAACAUGGGACGUUGGACUGGAAUCGGAUUCUCGAGAGACGGCCAGAUGACUAACAGUGAUAUCUACACCGGAUGGGUUUAUGAGAACAAAGCUUUCAUAACUGAUCGUUUUGCCUACGGACGCCAACUUCCAGCCAUUGAUCCUGCUGAUCGCCAAGACAUCUAUGACAUCAGUGGUUCCAUGAUUGAUGACAUGCAGACCAUCUCCUUCAAGCGCAAAGUAAUCACCUCAGAUCCGCUUACCGAUUUCCCAUUGGAUGAAUGCUACUACUUCAUGUAUCCAAUCGGAGGUGGUCGUGUUAUUGCCAAGAAAUCUAGCGAUUUCAGCAACCCUCGUACUCCAAUUGGUUAUCACGAUUUGUACCAGCCACGCGUUAGUACAAACAAAAUCUGUCUCUGUGAUGAAAAAGGAGUGUCUAUAGCUGUUGAUAAGAAGCCAAUUCGGGUCAGAGUCCGUAGACAAGCUCUCCAAGUGUCCACUCCAAAACGUGGAAAUGAUAUGGAAUGUACUGAUAUGGUUGUCGGAGCUGUUAUUGAUGGAAGAGGAAGAGUGAAAGAUUUCUAUUCUCCAAGUAAAGCUACUCCACGCCCUGACAGCUUCUUCGGAGGAGAAGAAUCUCUACAAUCAUCUGCCGCCUUCUUCGAAGAUGGAAUCACAACCGUCGUCUUCAGAAGAAAACUGAAGAGCGAAGACAAAUAUGAUCACUCCAUUGCCCCAGGACCAAUGACUGUCAUUUGGGCUAAGGGAGCUGAUGUUGAGAACUACCAACAUACUACCGGAGGACCAGCUAUCCAAGCUGAUCCAAAUUUCUUCAUUUCCGGACUCUUCAAAUACCACGGCAAAAAUCAACGUGGAAGUUUGACUGUUGACUUCUUCGAAGACAAGAAAGUUGAGCCUACCGAGCACGGAAUCCAUCUCACUCAAUCUACCUGCACCGGAACCUAUUCUCACCCAGACAAAUGUGUAGGAGAUUCAUGCGAAUACGUCAUCUCAUGGAUGAGUGAUGGAACCACCGCAAGAUUCACUGUUAAGACCUCAUUACGUGAAAGUGAAUGGUCUGCUCUUGGUUUCUCUACGGACGGAAGCAUGGCUCAAUCUGAUGUUAUCAUCAUGGGAAGCCAAGAUGGAUUAGCUACCGUCACAGAUCAAUUCAUGCCUCAUUACGGAAGACCUGUAGUUGAUGAGCAACAAGAUAUCUUUGAUGUCGAAACCUCGUACAACAAUGGAGUUCUCAUUGCCAACUUCUCUCGUGAACUCUUCAGCGAAGACAAAGAUGACAUCAAUCUCCAGAAAUGCGUUUACCUUCUGUACACGCCAACUGCCGGUAUUAUUGAGAAGAGCGGAGAACUCCGUAAACAUGCUGAAACACCUGUUGUUAGUAAUAAUAAGAUUUGUCUCGGAACUUGCUCAGUUGACAAGACUAUCACCACUGAACAUACUCCUAAGACCUCUGAUGCUACUACAGCUACUCCAACAUCUGAGUUCACCGAGAAGGUCACAGAGAAAACUCCUGAAAAGAAGAGACCUGUGCCAACAUCCACUUCUACUUCAACUGCUCUUCCUACCCAACCAGUUGAUACAACUCUCGUUCUCAAACCAACAGUUCAAAUGCCACCUCUCAUCAAAAAACCAGCUUACACUGUCUAUGAACCAACUGAGGCUGUCAAAUCCCGCUACCGUCUUUGGGUUCGUAUUCUCAACCGCGAAUAUAUUCCUGCUCUUGCUGAUCCUCAAACUGAGUAUUACCAAAGCUUCACAAAACAAGUCACAUCAGCUAUUAACGAAAUGUUGGAUAAGAGAUGGAAGGGAAUGCAAGUUUCCAAGAUCUUCGAGUAUUCCAAGGGCUCUGUUAUUGCAGAAUUCGAGGUUGUAUCCACUAAAGCGGUUCCAAGACCUAUUGAAGUCAAGAGUCUUUUGGAAGAAAAUGCAAUUCGUGGAAAGAUUGGUGAUUUGGCCAUCGAACCUAGCACUGUAAAGGCUAGAGAAAUUGAGAAUCCAAUCAUGGAGGCUUCUAUGUCUCCCGAUCUUCUGAGAAACAUAAUCAUCAUUGGCAGUGCUUCCAUUCUGCUCAUUUUGGCAAUCGCUUGUACAUGCUGUUUGAUUUGUAAAUGUAGAUCCACAAGACGUUAUAACUCUUAUCCAAUUCCUCAUCCAGCUUAUCCUUAUGGAACAAUGGGAGUGAAAAAAGCUCCUUUGGGCUUCGAUAAUGCUGCUUAUCAUCCACGCCAUUAUUCUCAGACCACAACAGCUUCUACGAAACCAAGUGGACAACCAAGUCCACCUGGUCCAGAAGAGGGAGUUCCUGAUGGAGUAGGAGAAACCACAUAUCAAGAGUGGUAUUCAAAGGUUGGAUCGAAAUCACAGCAACAUGAAGAAGCUUUAUCAGCUCCUCCUCCACCUGUGCCUUCAGGCACUCGGCCACCCUCGACACAGCCCUAUGUAUCUUACCCCAACGAUCCAUCUGCCUAUUAUACACUGGGCGGCGAGCAUCGAACAUCAGUCAAUCGCGAACAAACUGGACAAGCUCAACCAAAGUUGUAUCGUUAUUAA